CAACGCUGCAACUAAUCCGUGUCAUGUUUUUUUCGAGAAGAAACCAGUACUUGAUACCAGCGAGCCACAUUCAUAUUUCGUUAGUUAUCGCCUUUCAUCGCGUUCCUAGUCGUCUGUGAAUUUUGAAUUGUAAUUAAGGUGGUAGAUCGUUCCUAAAUGCAAGGUCAAUCAAUGGCCAACGGAGAUGCUCCGAUGCUCCGGUUACAAACGGAAAGCCAGCUGUGCAUAUCGGGGCCUAAAAUUAAGUACGAUUGGUAUCAGACCGAAACUCAUGUCGUUGUGACGAUUCUUGCGAAACAUUCACAGGACGUAAAAGUUGAAUAUGGCGAGAGGACGCUCAGUGUAUCGGCAAAACUUCCAUCUGGAAAUGAAUACAGCUUAGAGCUUGAUUUGGCACAUCACCUCGUCACUGAGCAAUGCUCAUACAAAGUUGCCCCCUCAAAAAUAGAAAUCAAGUUGAAGAAACGUGAUGGUCUGAGAUGGACAGUCCUUGAAGGUAAUCCAGAAAUCGAGGACACAGUUCAACCGAUACCACGGGAAUUUCUACAGGCUGAUCAUCCUCCAAAAUAUCCAAGCUCAAGUAAAAAGUCCAAGGACUGGGACAAAAUGGAGAAAGAAAUUGCUAAACAAGAGGAGGAGGAAAAGCCUGAAGGGGAGGCUGCUCUGAACACCCUUUUUCAAAAAAUUUACGGAGAUGGUUCCGAUGAAGUUAGACGUGCCAUGAACAAGUCCUUUCAAGAAUCUGGUGGAACGGUAUUAAGUACAAAUUGGGAAGAGGUUGCUAAAAAACAAGUGGAAAGAAAACCUCCUGAUGGCAUGGAAUGGAAAAAGUGGGACGAUUAGAUAAUUCAAAAAUAUACUUGAAACAUAAAUUUAAUGGACACAAAAAAAAAAUACCAAUGAAAGAUUUCUUUUUUUUACAAAAAUGGGUCGCUGCAUGAGAUGGGCACACAAAAAAUUCAAAAAUUAACAA